UCAUAAAACACCCAAACAAAGGAAACAUAACGUUAUUUCAUUUUAUCAUUCAAAGAUACCUGCAAUAAGUGAUUGUGUAAUUUUUUGUUUAAAGUGAAUAAUGCAAAUGUUUUUUAAUUGCUGUGUCCUUAUAAUUAUACUUAGCACUGGAAAAUGUAAUGCUUUGUCAUUUAAUAAAAGUGAGGUGGGCUAUCCUGUCACAUUACUUACGGAUGACUGUAAGUUGUAUGAUAUGCAUGGAAUUAGUCCAGGAUCAAUGAAGCCUGUGGUGAUUUCGAAAAGUAUGUUGAAAUUCAUCAAAUUUUAUGUUUAUGGCGCAAAAUCCCCAAUGAGAGCACAAAAAAUAACCUAUACAUAUAAUACAAUUGAAAAAUUAGCAGAGGAUCCCACAAUGGACUGGAGCGAACGAACUUUAUUGUACGCCCCUGGCUGGAUGGAUAAUAUUUACGCUUUUCCCAUGGGAAGAAUAAUGAAAAUGAUCUAUAAAAGAAUGGGGUACAAUGUAAUAAUACUUGAUGUCUUGAAAUUCAACACAGAUGAAUGGCCUAUAACGAUUCGUUUAAUGCUUCAUGUCGGCGAUCUUGUAGGCGAGAUGCUCGCUAAGCUCCAUGCUCUCCAACCCAAGUUCGACCCCAAGAAACUGGAUCUGUUGGGCCUCAGUCUUGGAGGACAUACCAUGGGCUUCAUAGCUAAGGGUUUCAAAAGACGUACAGGUAUCAAAGUAGCAAGGCUGACAGGCAUGGACCCCGCCGGGCCGUGCUUCAAGAACAGAGGUCCUGAGGGAAGAGUUGACGAGAGUGACGCUGACUUUGUUGAUUUGAUUCUAACUAACAUAGAUACAUUUGGAAUGGCUGCUCCAGUAGGUCAUGUCAAUAUUUACGUCAACGGUGGAGAGUACCAACCAGGAGACUUUUAUUGGAUGUACUGCGGUCCUUUUUGCAGUCACGCUCGGAGUUUUGAACUUUGGAUAGCGGCUGUUGCGAAUCCUGAUGCUUUCAUAGCCCUUAAAUGUGACUCUGUACAAGAUGCUCGAGACAAAAAGUGCUUUGAUAGAAAGCCUAUGGAAACUAUCAAAGUUGGACCUAAUAUAGAUAAAAGUGCCAAAGGCAUUUAUUAUUUAUCUACAAGUAACUAUUAUCCUUAUGCAUUAGGUGAAAAGGGAUUGAAGAAAGAAACAGAUUACGUUUGGAACAAACUGAUCAAAAUGAAUGCAGAUGAAGUAUUAACCUUGUAAGUGAAAAUUAUUUAGAAUUUUAUAUUUAAUUAUUUAGAAUGAUUUAGUGAGAAUAUUAGAGUAUUAGUAAAAUUUUUGAAUUUCUUUUAUAUAAUCAUCAUAAUAUUUACAUACAAUUCUACCACUUUUAUAAGUUACACCGAUGUACCUGCGCAGAAAUCAUUUUUUUGCAUCUGCGCCAUUCGCUAUUCGGCUAAUGCGUACGCGCCAUGUCUGGAGUUGCCCAGUGUAAUAUUGUACAAUUAUUAUGAGCGAGAUAGCACGACUCCUGUUGUUUUUGGAUUUAAAAUCUUAUAUUUAUAUUAUUUGACUAAUGUUUUCAUUCGGCCAGAGUCGGCGGUCGGUUAUCAUCGGACUAUUCUGCGCCGUCCGACAAUAGCGAGGUAACUUAUACACGUGGUAGUACUGUACUAGAAUAAGUUAUUUUUUAAACUGAAUAAAUUGUCUUUUUGCUAAUUUAUGAAGUAAUGUAUGUUAUAAAGGUAACUGGAGACUCAAUAGAUAUUUUUGAUCAUAGAAUUCUUCAUCUUCUUUAUAUGCAAAACUUGCUUAAAAAUAUCCAUUAAUUUCAAAAAAGGUAGGUAUACCUACAAUAAAAUAAAACUAGGUUUAACUUCUUUCUUUAAUAUAAGUAUGCAAUAAGGGUGUAUGUAAAUAGUGUCCACACACAGUAAUUGUAAAUGUAGGAUUUCUAAGAGUUGUAGUAGGUAUAUAGUAAAAACACAAACAAUCAAGUACAGAUCAUGUAAAUUCUUGUCAAAAUAAUAUUUGUGAAAAUAGGGGUCCUUGAUAAUAAUAAAU